AGUCAAGUGGCCAAAGUUGUACAGCUAACAUAGGCGUGAAAGCCACAAUGAAUGGUCAUAUUUCUAAUCAUCCCGGUGGUCUUGGAAUGUACCCAUCUCAAAUGAAUGGCUAUGGGUCAUCACCCACGUUUUCCCAGGUGGACAGAGAACACAGUUCGAAAACAAGUGCAAAGGCCCUUUAUGAACAAAGGAAGAAUUAUGCACGGGACAGUAUUAGCAGUGUGUCAGAUGUAUCCCAGUACCGUGUUGAACACUUGACUACCUUUGUCCUGGAUCGGAAAGAUGCUAUGAUAACUGUUGAUGAUGGAAUAAGGAAGCUGAAAUUGCUUGAUGCCAAGGGCAAAGUGUGGACUCAAGAUAUGAUUCUUCAAGUGGAUGACAAAGCUGUGAGCCUGAUUGAUUUAGAAUCAAAGAAUGAACUGGAGAAUUUUCCUUUAAACACAAUCCAGCACUGCCAAGCUGUGAUGCAUUCAUGCAACUAUGAUUCAAUUCUUGCCCUGGUGUGCAAAGAGCUAACCCAGAACAAGCCAGAUCUUCAUCUUUUCCAGUGUGAUGAGAUUAAGGCAAGCCUAAUUAGUGAAGAUAUUGAAAGUGCGAUCAGUGACAGCAAAGGAGGGAAACAAAAGAGGCGGCCUGAAGCCCUGAGGAUGAUUUCCAAAGCAGAUCCUGGAAUACCGCCUCCACCAAGAGCCCCUGCCCCUGUACCCCCUGGGACUGUUACCCAGGUGGAUGUCAGAAGUCGGGUGGCAGCCUGGUCUGCAUGGGCAGCUGACCAAGGGGACUUUGAGAAGCCAAAGCAAUAUCAUGAGCAAGAAGAAACACCUGAGAUGAUGGCAGCCCGAAUCGACAGAGAUGUGCAAAUCUUAAACCAUAUUUUGGAUGACAUUGAAUUUUUUAUCACAAAACUCCAAAAGGCAGCGGAAGCAUUUUCUGAGCUUUCUAAAAGGAAGAAAACUAAGAAAAGUAAAAAGAAAGGACCAGGAGAGGGUGUUUUAACACUGCGGGCAAAACCCCCAUCUUCUGAUGAAUUUAUUGACUGUUUCCAAAAGUUUAAACAUGGAUUUAACCUUCUGGCCAAACUGAAGUCUCAUAUCCAGAACCCCAGUGCCGCAGAUUUGGUUCAUUUUUUGUUUACUCCAUUAAAUAUGGUGGUACAGGCAACAGGAGGUCCUGAACUAGCCAGUUCAGUACUCAGCCCCCUAUUGACUAAGGACACAAUUGAUUUCUUAAGUCAUACUGUCCAUAGCGAUGAACGGCUGCUGUGGAUAUCAUUGGGAGAAACUUGGAUGAAAGCCAGAGCAGAGUGGCCAAAAGAACAAUUUAUUCCACCAUAUGUUCCACGGUUCCGCAGUGGCUGGGAGCCCCCAAUGCUGAACUUCACAGGAGCUCCAUUGGAACAAGAUCUUUAUCACCUGGCUGAGUCUGUGGCAAAUGUAGCACAACAUCAGCGCAAACAAGAAAUAAAAAGAUUAUCCAAUGAGCAUUCCAGUGCAUCAGAAUAUUCUCCAGCUGAUGAUUAUGCAUUCAAUAACAACAUUUAUGCAAGAGGGACCCAUCGGGACCAAGGGGAAGCCGCUGUUGCUUUUAAGCCAACUCCCAGUCGCUAUGUAGAUAGAAAUUAUGACCCACUCAAGACGCAACCCAAGAAAUAUGCCAAAUCUAAAUAUGACUUUGUGGCAAGGAACAGCAGUGAGCUCUCAGUUCUAAAGGAUGAUAUUUUAGAGAUACUUGAUGAUAGGAAGCAAUGGUGGAAAGUUCGAAAUGCAAGUGGAGACUGUGGAUUUGUGCCAAAUAACAUUUUGGAUAUUGUGAGACCUCCAGAAUCUGGAUUAGGGCGUGCUGAUCCACCUUAUACACAUACCAUACAGAAACAAAGGAUGGAGUGUGGUCCAAGACCAGCUGAUACUCCCUCUGCUCCAUCACCUCCUCCAGCACCAGCUCCUGUUCCCAUCCCCCUUCCACCUUCUGCUCCAGCACCUGCUCCUGUGUCAAAGGGCCCAGCAAAUGUUACCCGUCAGAACAGCAGCUCCAGUGACAGUGGAGGCAGUUUUGUGCGAGAUAACCAGAGACACAAACAGCUUCCAGUGGACAGAAGGAAAUCUCAGAUGGAGGAAGUGCAGGAUGAGCUCAUCCACAGGCUGACCAUUGGUCGGAGUGCCGCUCAGAAGAAGUUCCAUGUGCCACGGCAGAAUGUGCCAGUUGUCAAUAUCACGUAUGACUCCACACCAGAGGAUGUGAAGGCAUGGUUGCAGUCGAAGGGCUUCAACCCUGUGACUGUCAAUAGUCUUGGAGUAUUAAAUGGUGCACAGCUUUUCUCUCUCAAUAAAGACGAACUGAGGACAGUCUGCCCUGAAGGGGCGAGAGUGUUUAGCCAAGUCACUGUACAGAAAGCUGCAUUAGAGGAUAGCAGUGGCAGCUCUGAAUUGCAAGAAAUCAUGCGAAGACGACAAGAAAAAAUCAGUGCUGCUGCUAGUGAUUCAGGAGUGGAAUCUUUUGAUGAGGGAAGCAGUCACUAAUUAGUUUGUCGUUUGUUUUUAAAACUCCAUUGUUCUUGGAAUUAUUCCACCAUGUUUUGUUUUAAGAAGCCUUGAAGGGAAUGUCAGAUUCAUUUUUCUUGGUCUACAAACCUGAGUAAACAGAGAACUUGCUUCUGGGCCCAUUAUUUUUAUUAAAACUGAAAAAUCUUAAACUGAAUUUUUUGAUCUUGAGAAAUGUUUUUCCUACUUUACCAAGGUGAGAUUUCCUUUAUUAGAUUGAUUAUUUCAUCCCCAUCUCAAUAUAUAAGCAGGAAUUUUUUGACAGUGGUGAAUUUAUUCACUGCAACAAAGCAAACUUAUUGUCCAUGAUUCAAAAUCUAAACAAUUUCAACUUUGCCUGUUAGUAUGGUGUCUGUUAUUCAGGGUAUAGCUCACUUUAGGCUAGCCCCUGCUUACUUAGGUCUCUUCUCUGACAUACUCAAUGAUAGAAUAUUUACAUUUAUUUAAAGUUCUCAAUGCCAACAGUUUAAAAAAAAUUAAAACAUUUGAAUGAACUGUAAAGUACAGCCAGGCCUUGAACACGCAAAUAUAAACCUAUGGAGCAUUCUCAAGAUAUUUUGUUUGUCCUGGCUCUGUUGAUCAUAAUUCCUUGUAUAGCUUGUAUUUUGAUUUAGUUUAUAUUCUGAUUGAUUAUUAUGUAUACUGUGUUCUUAUGUGUGAGAAAGCACAAGUGGGAAAGAGGUCAUAUACAUUCAAAAUCAAAGGAAGUAGGCUGCAUUGGUGUGCAUUACAGUAUUUUGCUUAAGGAAAGCCUCAGUUCUGAACAUUGCUAUAAGUAGUUAAAAGGAAAUUAGGGCCAUUUUAUGUGUUUAUCUGUGUCAAGUCUUUCUGGUAAUAAGAAACAAUUUACAAAUAUUUUAAUCCUGUGAAAGAUUCUAGGUUGAGAAAAAGAUACCUAACCUUCAACAAAUGUUAUUUUUGGAAACAUGAUUUUUGUCAUUAAAUGUAAUAUUAUUUCACAUAUAUAAAACAGAUGUUAUGUAAGAAUGUUGUAUAUUUUAACAUAAAUCCAUUUAGAGAGAUUAUCUAGAGUCAUUAAUUUUCAUAGUGCCUUUUUCACAUGAGUCAGCUAGGAAGUCUGCAAUAAACAGUAUUUGCUGGAUGUUAAUAAA